CAAACCAUGGAUUUCCUCUCUCCACCAUGCAAUAAUAUUAUUACAAUUAUUUCUACUUUAGCAUGCACCUUAGUGCUUCUCUUCUUUCUAUGCAAUAAGCUGUUUCAUGCAAUUAUGCACAAACCCAAUAAUGGGCGUAACCAAAAAGUGGCACCAGAGCCCUCCGGUGCUCUACCCAUACUCGGCCAUCUCCACCUUCUCAUCGCCGGCGGGAAGCCUCCUCACUUGAUCCUGGCAGCCAUGGCCGACAAGUACGGCCCAAUCUUCCGAAUCAGACUGGGCGCCCAACAAACCUUCGUAGUUAGCAACUCAAAAAUCGCCAAGGAAUGCUUCACAACAAACGACAAGUCACUCGCCACUCGCACCAAAGCCCUCGCCUCCGAGAUCAUGGGCUACAACUACACCAUCUUCGCCGUCGCACCUUACGGCCCCUACUGGCGCCAGAUCCGAAAGACCGUCGUGCUGGAGUUGCUGUCCGGUCGGAGAAUUGAUUCUCUGAGACCUAAGAGGGAAUCCCACGUGAGAAAAUCCAUCAAACGCAUGUUCGAACAUUGGUCCGACAACAAGGACGCGGCCACCGGCGCCGUGACUGUGGAGAUGAAGCAAACAUUCGACAGGUUGGUGACCAACAUGUUGGUGUCGAUGUUGUUCGGAGAGGACGAGGUUGAGGAAGAAGGGAAGCUGGAUAAGUCCAUCCACAGGCUGUUCCAGCUGUUCGGAGAGGCGGUGGUGGCGGAUUUUAUCCCGUGGCUGAGAUGGUUGGACAUUGGGGGAUACGAGAAGGCUAUGUGGCAGACCGCCAUGGAAAUGGACAACUUCGUGAAGAAGUGGAUGGAGGAGCAUAGAAGAAAAAGGAAUUUUAAGUCUAAGGAAGAAGACGACUUCAUGGACACCAUGUUAUCACUAUUUGAUGGUGUACCCAAUCAAAGUCUUCCACAUGGAUAUGAUACGGAUUGUGUUAUCAAAUCUACUUGUCUGACCAUUUUGUUAGCUGCCACCGACACAACUAGCAUAACAUUGGCAUGGGCUCUUUCAUUAGUACUAAACAACUACAAAGUGAUGGAAAGGAUCCAAGAUGAGUUAGACACCCAUAUUGGAAAAGAAAGAUGUGUUGAUGAAUGUGACCUAAAGCAAUUGAUAUACCUACAAGCUGUGAUUAAAGAAACGUUGCGAUUAUAUCCGCCAGCCCCGCUUGCAUUACCUCAUGAAGCCAUAGAAGAUUGCACCAUUGAUGGCUACCACAUUAAAAAGGGCACCCGAAUAGUGCCAAACUUAAUGAAGAUCCAUCGUGAUCCAAUGAUUUGGGCAAAUCCAAAUGAAUUUAUACCUGAGAGAUUUUUAACUGAUCACAAAGACGUUGAUGUUAGGGGUAAUCAUUUUCAGUUGAUUCCAUUUAGCAGUGGUCGAAGAAUGUGCCCUGGCGUAUCUUUUGGCUUACAAAUUGUUCAAUUAACACUGGCUAGCCAAAUUCAUAGUUUUGAUAUGAAAAGGUUAUCAAAUGAACCAAUCGAUUUGACUGAAAGUGUUGGAUUAACUAAUCAGAAGGCCACUCCACUCCCAGCCCUCCUUGUACCGCGCCUAGCUUCAAAUUUAUAUGGUUGAGCAAAAAUAAAUUAGUACUUUUAUUCAUGUAUGUAUCCAUCAAAAUGUGUGUUAUAUAUAAAUCUAAAGUUCAUAAUAUAUAUGUAUGUGAUAAGAUACUGUUGUUAGACAUAUAUGGCUAAGGAGUCAAUCUU